AUGAGGUCUUAGCUCAGAAAUAAUAGUAAAUCUGGUUUGAUGCUUGAUUCUAAUUUAUAGUUAUUACAACCACUUUCAGAACAUACUUAAAGUGAUUUUACUUCAACAACUAUGCAUAACAUCGAACUAUAAUAUUACGAUUAUGACAUAUAUUCUAGUAAUCCUUCAAAAUUGAAUCCUCGAUUACUUUUUAGAGAAGCUAAGAGAAAAGAUAGUUAUUUUAACUUUCAUUAAGAAACAGCCAUCAACAUUACUUUCCUUUAUUUGUAGUUUCUUAAAGAAAAUAAAUCCUUAAUUCGAAAAUUUCUUUUCGCAAAUGUGAUAUUAGAUGUAAUUUUACGAAUGACUAUAUUUACACUAUUUUGCUUAAAGAUAAACACAGUUACUUAAUAUUUAAAUUACUUUAUCAUAUUAUUCCAAAUUCCAAGAGUAUUCCAUAUGUAUAGUACUAUAAAGUUGUUAUUUAUGGAUUAAUUUAAUUUAUAGAAUAGAUCUUUUAUUCCAAUUAGUCAUUUGUAUAGAUAAAACUUUAUAACAGAAGAAGAACCUAGGGAAUGUGAUUUAAAACCUCUAAAUUAUAAAAAUAACAUUUUGAAUUGCAGAACAAUCCUAUUUGUAUUAUUACCAGUAGAAUUUUGUUUUCUAUGCAUUCCUAAAAAGUAGAUAAAAAAUAUUAUUAAUACGAUAAUGAUUAGUAGUUACAUUUUGAAAAGUAUAGAAAUAAUAUUAUUUGAACCAUCAUUACUUCUAUUUCUGUCAUUAUCAAAGGAUUAUUAAACCUGGAGUUUGAUAUUUAUAUUAGUGAUUGUAGAUAUUUUAAAAUAUGUCAUAUUAAAUAUAUAUUUGGUAAUUUUCAGCGAGACAGGAUAAAACAACACCUUAAAAUUUUGA